AAUUGAAAUAGAUAUUGCUUAUCUAGUAUAUAUAUUUUUUAUGCUUAUUUCAUGGAAACUAUUCCUAACGUUCCAUAUAGCUACAUAUCGCGCGGCGUUUCUGCGCGUGUAUGUUUUGCUCGUUUACUCUAUCAGAACCGGCAAAAUGGACGAUAUAGCACUCCGAGUAUCUGAUCAUGUUUUAGAAGUGAUUUUUUCUUAUUUAGACUUGCAUACGUUGAGAAACUGUUCGUUAGUGUGCAAGCGAUGGAAUCGUUUCUUAAAUGAUGAGAAUAAUGAUGCGUGGAGAAUGCAUUGCAUCAGAAAGUUAGCCCAAGAAGCACUUAGUUCCGAUUUAUUAUCAUCGGUGCCUACUUAUAAAUCAAAGCUCCGUGCAUUUUAUCAUGCAUGGAAUCCUAAUGACUGCUCUCGUAAUAUUUAUAUUAGGCCCAAUGGAUUCACUAUGCACAGUUAUAGGAAUCCAGUUGCUCAGAGCACAGAUGCCUGUAGAGGUAAAAUUGGUUUUCGACAUGGACGUCAUGCCUGGGAAGUUAUUUGGGAAGGACCUCUGGGCACAGUGGCAGUAAUAGGAAUAGCUACAAGAGAAGCACCUUUAUUAUGUCAUGGAUAUGUAGCAUUAGUUGGUUCUGAUGAGCACUCAUGGGGAUGGAAUCUUGUAGAUAAUCAUCUACUACACAAUGGAAAUGUACAAGGAAAUUAUCCUUUACUUAACAAUGCUCCAAAAUAUCAGGUUGGGGAAAGAAUUAGGGUAAUAUUAGAUUGUGAUGAUAAUACAUUAUCUUUUGAAAGAAAUUAUGAAUUUUUGGGAGUGGCAUUUAGAGGAUUGCCAGACAAAAGAUUAUACCCAUCUGUAUCUGCUGUAUAUGGAAAUACAGAAGUAUCUAUGGUAUACUUAGGACCACCUCUAGAUGGCUAACACUUUAUUUCUAAUAGAAACAUAUCUUCAAAAGUUUGAUAAAAUUUGGAUGCAAAAUUUUCUGCAUCAUACCAAAAUGUCUACUAUGAAGUAGAACAAGCACACCAAUGAACUGUAUGAUACUCUUUAAGAGAGAUGUGUGCCUGUUCAUUCAGUCAAUAACAUUGUAAAUAGUAUUAGCAUUCCAUUUCAAUCGAUAAAUUCAUGGUAGUGCUUUAUACAAUGCUAACAGUUAUAAGUUACUCAACAAUCAACAUUAAUAAAUUCAUUUCAUUUAAAUCAUAUAUCUGCUAAUAGUGCUAAAACUGAUCUGUACAUUUUAUAAUGAAAUUUCCCGUUUAAAUUUUAUAUUUGAAAGUAUCUUUAUACACGAAAGUUGAGUGACAUAUUACUGAUUUUGAAAUAAAUGUAAAAAUAUUCUUAAGUUAGACGAUGUGUGAAAAAAAGUUCCUUCGCGAAUUACAUAUGUUCUUUAAGAGAACAUAAAUUAAAUUAUUUUAUUAUUCUAAAAUCUUAAAUCAUGAUUAUAGAUUAUAAUUUUUAAGUAAUAUUUUAAGUAAUAUUUAUGCACAGAGAAAUAAGUUCUUUGUUUUUCCUUACAGUAUUAAUAUUUGAGUCUUCGUAAAAAUAUUUUGCUUUAUAUGAAAUCUAUUCAUAUGCCAAUAAAAUGGCAAAUUCUUAUUUGUUCAUAAAAUAGUCAUAUAUUUAAUUUAUUUCGAUCAUUAUUAAAGACGCGAAUUAAAAAUUAAAUUCAUUUUUUCAUCGUUUUUAAUUAUAUAGGAACCGUAAAACAAACUGUGAUUCAUCUGUAUUUUAUUAUGUUAACACCGUGUAAAGAUAUCUUAAUAAGAUAUCUUAUGUUUAGCAUAUUUAACAUCUUUUUGUAUAGAAUAUUAUGUUUAUUUUUCCUUUUUUUUUUUUCGUAAAUUUAUUAUAGAUAUUUAUAUGUAUUUAAAAAAAAUUAUUAUUUAUUUUCUAAAUAUAGGAAUCAAUUUUUCUAAUAUUGAUAAAACUCAAGCAGCGAAAUUGACAAACAAUUCGAAGAAAACUUCGUAAUUACAUACAGUAUACAGGGUGUUCCACUUAAAGUGUUCAUAGCUGCUUUAUUUUUAAAUGUACAAAACAAUGUCGUAAAUUGUAAAAUAUCACGUGAUAAACAUCACUCAAUUUGUAUGAUAAUUAAUAUUUUUCUUUUUAAGUAAAGCGAAAUAAUACUAAAAAUAAAAUUAGUACCUGUCGAAUUCAUUUAUACGACAUUUAUAGUCGAACUGAUUUUUUUUUCUCUAUGAGAAUUUUGUUUUUUUAUGUAUAUGUAUGUAAUUUGUGUAUAAAUAUUCAUUUAUUUAUGAAAUCAUAUAUUUUAAAAUUAAAUUAAAUAUAUUUUAAAUCAUAUAUUUAUAAUCGCAGUAUAUAAAGUUUAUAUGAUCACUAUUGUGAUUGAUGCACAACAAAUCUUAUUUAACUAAUGUAAUCAACUUUUUGAUUCGCUUAUGCAUUUAGUAUAAGAAAAUUAUGUAUCAACUACGCGUGAAAUUUGUACAUCGUGCUCUGUGAAAUGUAUUUAUAGAUAGAAAUUAUUCAUUAGUGCCGAGAAUUUCAUAAACGAAAUCACGAGUAAAAAUGAUUUCAAAUGUACAUAUUCAUUAUGGUCAUUGUGUUUGUUACAAGUAGUUUCAAUGAAAUUAUGUUUUUUCUAAACUUUUGUACAGAAUCGUGUACAUACAUAUAUAGUAAUCAUGGAUGUACGAGAAGAAAAUAAACCUUGUUUUGUAUCUAUUUAAUGGAUUCAUAUACAUAAAUAGCAAACAUUACGGAUCAUGGACUGAUUUAGAAUUAAUAUUUCUCUCGAUCGAUCAUCGGUCCAAUCAAAUCUCCAUAAAAAGAAGUAUACUCUCGUUUCGAAAAUAUACGAAACGUAAUAUAAGUUAACUUCGAAUAC